UAUAUAGAGAAAGAGACAGAGAGAGGUAGCUCAAGGUAACAACAAAGUAAAGAAGAAGGAAGAUAUAUAUAUAUAUAUAUAAAAGAGAAACACACAAGCCUACAAUUCAUUGUUGGCCAUGGCAGAGGAAUUUCAGACCGGGAUUUGCGGCGGGAACUGGUGGAGCUUGUCGAAAAGCGUGUUCAUGGGUGGUGGUGGCUCAUCACCCUGCUCUACGGGAAUUAACGCAACUGACAUGGGGAAUUAUGGGUCUUGGAUGGUGACGGAUGUGGUGGACAUGAAGUCAAGGUCAUGCAAGCUCCAUAAUAUUAACACCGCUAAUUCACUCUCACCUGAUGCCUCACUUCUUUUGCCAGACUCGCAAAAGCCUCACCACACUGAUUCUGAUAGCGCUGCUACUAGUAUUUUCAUGGAUUCUACCCUGCAAAUGAUGGGUUUUGGGAUUUCAUCUUCUUCUUCAUCAUCUUCUUCAGACUGGACUCAAACUUUACUUAGAAGAAAUGGAAGAGCUGAGAGUUACAAUUCCAUACUGCAAGAAGAAAUGAAUUCUUCUCAAGUCCAAAAAGAUUGGAGCAGUCCAAAGAACUUUACUGGUACGGGGGAAGAUUCAUCCAUUAACGCUUUUAAAGAAAUAAACCAAGAUUUCUCUUUAGAGCAACAAAGGCUAAAUAGUCCGAUGAACACCUCCGAGAAUGCUACGGCAACAACUUGCCAAGGCUUAUCCACAGGAUUUUCAAUGGGGUCACCAUCUUAUGGCUAUCCUUCAACACUGAUACAAAGUUUAUUUGACCCAGAUCCUCAACCACAACAAUCUCUUUUCAACAACCGAACCAUCAACUAUUCUUCACCUCCAAAUUACGGGACCAUCUUGAAUGAACUCUCCCCUUGUUGGCCUAAACUUGCUCCCUUUCUAAAACCCUCAUUGCCGAAGCAGCAGCAGCAGCCUGCAUGUGGUGGCUUGCACUUCUCUAACAAUACACCCUUUUGGAAUGCUUCAGCAACUGCGCUAAAUGAUAUUAGACCCAGUUUUCUACCCUCUCCUCAACCUCAAUUUCUUGUUCCAACUUUUGACGAGAAACCCAACUGUUUCAACCUCACCACAAAGACUAACAAUGAAGAAGUUCGAGACUCGGGAUCAUUUGUUAAGAAAGGAAGUGAACCAGCGUUCAAAAGGCCUCGAAUUGAAACGCCAACACCAUUACCAACAUUUAAGGUCCGAAAAGAGAAGCUAGGGGACCGAAUAACUGCCCUUCAGCAAUUGGUUUCACCUUUUGGAAAGACUGAUACUGCAUCUGUUCUUCAUGAAGCCAUCGAGUAUAUCAAGUUUCUCCACGAUCAAGUCAAUGUUUUGAGUACUCCAUAUCUGAAAAAUGGUAAUCGUCAACAUCACAAGGUUGGUGAAAAAUUGAAGGACGAAGAAGGGUCAUUAAAACAAGAUCUGAAAAGCCGAGGGCUAUGUCUUGUACCAAUCUCAAGCACAUUUCCUGUAAGUAAUGAGACCACAGCAGAUUUCUGGACGCCAACAUUUGGAGGUACUUUCAGGUAGAGAGAAGAAUGUGAAACUCUAUUGAAUAUAUGAUCCAAGCAAGAUGGGAUUCAUAACUUCAAUACAAAAGGAGAGAAGAUUAUUAGGAGCUGAACAUUGUUGUGGCAUAGGCUGGUAGCUGUACCAGUGUUGCGAGAAAAGCUAAAGAAAACAAAGAAAAAGAAGAGGAAGUGACCCUUCAAAAUGGAAGCAGGCAAUGCUGGGCCAGCUGCAGGCAGAAUGAUUUAGGAGCUAGCAAAUGAUGAGGAACUCUUCAAGAUAAAUAUAAUGUAUUUUAUAUUAUAUAGGAAAUUAAAAAGCUAGGUUAAGCACAGGAACAAAUGCUAAAUUUAGCCAUAAAGUUUGAAAUUUGUAAGUUAAUUAAGAGCUGAAUUUAGCAGACGGGCAAUAAUUAAUAAUAACAAUAACUAAAAGCCUUUUGUUCCUGGUGAAAGGCACACCCAUCUCUUAAUUUUUAUUGUUAUUGAAGAAGAAGGAAAAGAAAAAGAAAAUAAUUUUAAUUCAAAAAUAUAACUCAGUGGAGCUCAUUUGAUUGCUGUUAUAACUUUUUCAUUUGUUUAUACGUUUUGAAUGUGGUAGUGGAAGUCAGAGGCCGAGCCCACACUUCCUGCUUUAAUUAGGGUUUCUGGUUUUUUAUUUUUGUCUCUUUUUUCUUUCUCUGUACUCAGUAAUCACAAUGAGAGAGAAGAAGAACCUCCAUGCUCGCGCGUGCAUGUCAUGUGCGUCUCCUUCUCUCUUCUCUAUGAGAAGAUUUCCUUAAAAGGUUUC